AGCCGCAUACACCUGCACCCACACAAUCGCACUAACAUAACACACAUACGCUUACGCUUAUCUUAAUUUAGCCAAAAGCGAAUAAAAAACAACCGAAACCAGCUUUUUGGGAAACAUAUUCUUGUAUUGGUGUGCUACAAAUAAAAGGCCACGCGAUGAUAAGCUUUUUGUACAUUGUAAACCGCGCGCUCAGCAGCACGAGCAUCGGCUCCAGUCCCGGUAUAACCCAAUCCGUUUUGACCAGCAAGAUGACCGCCCCAGGACCACGCCCACUCGUCCUCUGCGGACCGUCUGGCUCCGGGAAGAGCACUCUUCUGAAACGCCUGUUCGCCGAGUAUCCCAACACCUUUGGCUUCAGCAUUUCGCACACGACGCGGAAACCACGCGAGGGCGAGGAGCAUGGUGUCCACUACUACUUCGUGGAGCGGCCAGAUAUGGAGGCAGCCAUCGCCGGAGAUGAGUUUAUUGAGACGGCCGAAUUUACGGGCAAUCUGUAUGGAACUAGCAAGGCGGCCGUGCGGGAGAUCCAGGCCAAGGGCAGGGUCUGCAUUCUCGACAUCGAGCAGAAGGGCGUGGAACAGAUCCGGCGCACCGACCUCAACCCCAUUCUGAUCUUCAACAAUCCGCCCACCAUCAAGGAGCUGGAGCGAAGGCUGCGGCUACGUGGCUCGGAAACAGAGGAGUCUCUGAACAAGCGCCUGAACGCCGCUCAGGUGGAGAUCGAUUAUGGACUAACGCCCGGCAACUUCCACAAGAUCAUCAACAAUGUGGACAUCGAUGUGGCCUACCAGGAGUUCCGUGACUUUGUCGUUCAGGAGCUGAAGAAGCAGGAGAGUGCUGGAGUGACAAUUGCCCUGGAUUAGUGGGGUUAUCCGGAACAGGGGUGCAAGGAUUUUAAACCUCAGUGGGCUGAAGGGAUUCCUAUUUUCUUUUAAUAAGUAGUUUGUUGAAAUGGAGAGUGAUCUCGAGGGAUCUUAGUUAAUUAAUUUAUUGUUUACUUCUUAAAGUAACUUCUUUUCAAGUAGCUUCCCUUUGGAUGACCCUCCAUUCCCCUGAAAUUUAUGGACAUCCCUGACAAUCAAUGGGAUAGUAGACCCUCCCAGCCCACAAAUAACGUUGACUAAUGGCAUUUAAUUAUUAAGAAAUGGCUUGUAUUUAUUCUUCAACUCCUAAUGCCCGUCUCCUCGCGUCCAUUUAACCACCAACUGUUGUGCAAAUUCGUUGUUGUAAUUGUAAUUUUAAGCUGAAAGUUGUUGCGCCGCUUCACGGUCUCGUCCGGCCGGAGAGGUAAUUAAAAUGGAAUCAAUAAAGCAAACAAUAUGCGGGUAUUAUUGUAUUUUUCACGAA